GGUACCCAUUUUGGUACCAGGUGGAAAUGCGCUCUUUUUGAUUAUGGGUUUACGGGAGGGCGACUCUGCGAGUCGUGAUUGGCGAUCCAAAAGCAAUCAUCGUUGUUGUUUCAACUCACGGUUCAGGAAUAAGGAAACCAGAUAUGCUACUGACUCAGUCUUCUCUUCAUCGUCUUCAUCAAUCAGUCAGCGUAAGCGUUCCAGUACAUCUGAGAAGGCCUCUUCUGGUUAUGGAUGUUCCAACCCUAAAAGACCUCGCAUCCCAGCUCGUAGCAAAAGGUGGCUGAGGAAACGGCUCAAAGUGGUAAAGGUGACCAGGUGUCGUAGGCCCUUAACAUUUUUGUGUACCGCAUUGUGUUACAUGUUGCCAGUCUUUUUAUAUCCGUUGCGAAUGUGGUUUAAUGACGUAGUCACUGCAGUAUCGAAAAAUAGAUUGUGGAUUGGAAAAUUCACUUAUUUACACCUCUGCACUCAGGAAAUUUUAGCGGACUACUUACAACUAGUAGUGUCCUAUUUCCUGGUACAUAUAUAGAGAAGGUGGAGUUUUAUUGCUGUAGUGGAGUCUUGUAACACCAUACUUCUAACCGCACUUGAUGUGGAGUUCAGAGAGAAAAUAAAAUGUAAACCAGGGGGUCGUAUGAUAGUCAAGUACCUGAGCCAGCAAAUCACGUUCACAUCCAUAUCUCGCUUUGUUUAGUUGCACUGUUAUACAUUUUCAUCUGGUUUGCAUGGUUAUCAUCAUGCUAUAAGUGUUGGAAAUACGAUAUUACUGCAGUGUAAAUUGUUCGCAUUUCAGUGCCAACUUUAUUUGCUGUUCCUAACAACUGAUGAUGUAUGACUCAAAUUAGCAAUAUUUUUGGCUUACACAGAAGAAUUGGUUAAUUAAAGCAGUAUGGAUUUUCACACGGAUUAUAUAGUUAUUUUUUAAAAUCUUAGUAGCAACGAUAGAAUGGUAAAAAUGCCGUCAAAGGUUGUAAAACUGAUCAAACAGUUGAGUAUAUUAGUGAAUAAGGCGUGAGUAGAUGAAGUGUCAUUAGGAAGGAUCUUGUGAAAAAUAAAUAAUACAGACAUCUUCACCACCAUAACAACAUCCUUUGAGCUUCACUAAAAUUGCUUGAAGUGUCCUCCAUCAGUGAGAAGCGACAAGCUUAGUUGUCGUCACACACACACGUAUUACGAAAUUCCCAUCGGUUUGCUUAUAACUUAUGUGGUUUUAAGUGACCUGAAAGCCAGCCCCCACGGGGAUUAAAGUGCUUAAAGUAAGUUUCACUUAGUCACACAUCUUGAGUAUCUCAUUCUAAUUUGUAAAUCAUGGUCCGUAGAGAAAGCUCAACAAAAUUUGAAAGAGGGUCAAGUUAAGAUCAGUGUAGUGAGGAGUAGAAUUGUAGUUGUGGGAAGGAUGAAACUCACGUACCAAGUGUUGUGACAAGUCAAGCCCAUUGUGGGUCCAGUGACCGAAGAAACCUAUGUGUGCAGUCCAAAUGUUAAAUCGUGAACUAUGUUUGCUGGAGGAGUUUUCCCAGUCACCGAACCUACAAUGAGCUUAAUUUAUGUCAACACUUAACACGUAAGCUUCGUAAAUUCUAAUCUUAUUUUAUCACUUCUAACCCUUCAUGCUAACACAACUCCACUGCUGAUGACACUGUUCUUAACUUGACCACCUUGCAAUUUUAGUUGACCUAUACUCAAUCCUUUCACAUAUGUUGCGUCAUUCAAUUCACUUAUUUAAUUUAAUUUCAAUUUGCAGCCGAUCGCUUUCUGCAUAGCGUAACCGUUGUCAACAACUUACGAUUUUAGUGAUACAUUGUUGAAGAGAUUCCUUUUGUUGCUAUGAUAGUGUACUCUGUAUAUAUGCGAUUGUACAGCUUGAGAGUGAUAUCGUUGAAUAGAGUAACUCUUCGCUGAACGCCUCUUCUUUUAUGUGACUUAAUGGGGAUUUUUGAGCCACUACUCACAAAAUGUAAUGCUGAAAAGUUCUGUUAUUUCGUAAUCAAGUCAAGUAAGUCAGCGUGUACUGCUUGAUAGCUAUUGUGAAUGUUUCUAUGUGGUUGUGCUCACGGAUGUUAAUGCAGAGAGUCGCUUUGCAUAGUAGACAGGGGUGAAGGCUAAGGUGACUACUGACAUUUAGUGAUGAGGAACGAACUAAUUACUGUUCUUCGUUCAGCAUAUGUUGGUGUUCAACAUGAAUAAAUCACGGUCACAUCGUUCGACGCAAAACACGUGUGUAUUUUAAUUGAAUCACACCAUGUGGAUUUCAGUACUUGACGACGAGCUUACAAUAGGCGUAGCUCCAUUCCUUGAUCUUUAGAUAUAAGCGUUGGUGAUUUAAUGAAUCAAAACAAACUGAAAUAACUGGGGCAUUCAGUGCAUACCGAAUUAUAAACAUUCCUGAUAAAGGAUAAUAGCUUAGGCUUGAAAAUUGCAGUUAGAGCGCGGCAACAGCAAGUGUUUUAGUAUUAGCUACCUGAAGUCCUUUUUGAUGUUGGGGAAACUGAAGAACUCAAUUCAGGCUGUUUGAUAAAAGAAUAAAGUUUAGGUGCUGUGGUGAAGUGCAAUUCCUGCGUAUAGUGAUUUAUUCAGUAAAAACAGUGAUGUAGACUUUUGUGUUUACUGAUGACGUUUCGAAUACAGUUUUGCUCAUAAUAAUAUAAAGGUGCUCACAUAAGUCUCAAUCUGUGUACACUUCAUUAUUCCCUAUCGUUUGAUUUUAUUGGUAGUGAUGUUUUCUAUAUCUCUAGUGCCGGCGUUGCUUCAUUCCUAUUGCAUGUGUUAAUGUGUGUGGAUUCGAUGAAGGUUUCAACGACCAACUUCUCCUUCCGGCUAAUUAUAUUAGUUGUCAGAACUGUAGGUCUGUCCCACCCGAUUGUGUGUUAGUGCAUGCAUCGCAGUGUCAGUUUCUCACUUAGACGGUCAAUCAUUCUACACUUCAUUAAAUUCGUAUAUUUCGAUAAUCUGACUGAUUCUGAUCUGUGCAGCUGAUCUUACAGUCUGUCUGGUUCAGUAGGGUCCUUUAGCCCAAGGAGCUUGUCCGUGUGUGAGUUUACAGGUUUGAAUGCCGUCCUAAUCCUUGCUUUAUUAGAAAUCCUUAUAUCCCUUAUUUAUGAUAUGGUUAGUGAUUUCACUACUAUGUUUCAUGUUGGUGUGUUGUUUUUUGAACUUCCUAGUGAGUUUUAUGGAAUAGUCUCAGUUCAACCAGUUAGUAGGGGAACAAAUCUUUGUGUAAUUACUACAGUAGGCAUCAGCUGGAUCGAUAUGUCUUCUAGAACCACAGACUCUAUAGUUCUGAUGGAUGUGAUGCAGGAAAACAACGAAUAUGAGAAAGUAAAGUAUGGAUGGGUCUGCUUUGAUAAAAAAUUCACCCUUCGACAGGUUCAGAAUACGGCAUACUUGUCGGCGUUGGACACUAAACACAUGUUUUUACUGUUCCGUUUGGUUUUGAUAUUUUCGGAAUAAACACGCUACCAUAGGAUAGAGGAUUGGUAAUUCCAUUUGAGUUAAGUUUAUUCGAUAUAAUACAGCGAUACAGGGUCAGUAACUGGAUAGCGUUUCAAGCACAGGUUGUUACUCAUAAUCAUGCCAAUGUAUUCACAUGACUGCCUUACUUGUUUCAUAUAGCUUUUCUACAUCGUUGGGACAGGUAUUAUGUUAGUUUGAUUCCAAAGAUUCGGUGAUUUACCUCUGUUUGUAGUAAUAUAAUAUUACGUUUCAAUGCUAAUACCCUAGCCUACCCUAUUUUGUGAUUACAUGAAGCGAAUGCAUUUCAACGGCCGAACUUAUCGGGGUCAAUUAUUUUAGAUCUAGGUAAAUUCUUAUUCUCCGGUAACAUUACCGACCCCGAGUAACUGCUCCAAACGGCAUACAGCUAAUAACACUGACAUGUCAAAUAAACUGACAAUAUGCAGUUGUUCAGAAAUUGACAACCAGUGCCGUCUCUGACUGUCUGAUUUUGAAGGUAGAACUUGACAAAGACAUGCUGAAGGCCAAGUCGCUACACGUCGUUUUGCACGAAAAGGUGAAGAAAAAUCAUAAGUUCGAAAGAACUAGAAUAGACAGAAGUAUAGGGCAAUUAGGAUAU